AUGUUUUGGCCGACCAAUCCCGAGCCGGCUGGCAAACGGCGGGAGAAUUUCAACUUUAUUUACCGAAUAAAUGAAAAAACAAUGAAUGGUCAGUGGAAUGCCGAAGACAUGUCGUCGAAAUUACUCCUAUCUCCGUCGUCCUCCUCGUCAUCCUCGUCUUCUAGACGAGCCAGAACUUUGAGCGGGAAUUCGAGCACAAACGUCACUGUAAAUAACAACAAUAAUGGGGAGAAAAAAAGAAAUUCGAGAAAGCCGAUACCAAGGCCACAUGAAACCGAAGAAGAGGCUAUCUUGAGGAGAUUCCACGACGCACAAAGGAUGGCGCAGGAACUCGGCAGAGACAUCAGACUGACCUACGCUGGUAGUAGGACGUCGGCGGAGAGACUGAAAAUGGGAAUCAUACAGGCGCGGAUGCUAGUCAGAGAUUGUCUGCUGGAAACUGAGAUAAACUUGCGACAAUAA